AUGCCCCCCAACUACCUCGAACCUCGAAGUUUCUUCCUCUUGUGGCAUACCAGGAACCAGGACUCGAUGUUCCUGCGUCUUGUUGGGCAGCGAUUGAGCACCACUUUCGUUGGUUUCCCCGCGGCGGGGGCUGUCUUCGGUGACAUUAUUCUCUUUACCGCCCCCUCCAUUCUUUCGACCAGCAGGUGUGUUUGUGCUGGGCAUCACGUUGUUGAGACACGCCAGCUCACGCAUAUCCGAUUGUCAUGCAGGGUGUCAUCCUUCCUGUGCAGCUGUCACUUUUCCUGCCAGCAAGCUUUACCUCGGGGGUAA